AUGGCCAAGAAUCCACAAGAAGUGGUGUUUGAAGGCUGGCUGACAAAAUCACCACCAACAAAACGAAUCUGGAGGGCUAGGUGGAGAAGAAGGUGGUUUUUACUGACACAUUCUGGAGAGCUACCUGGUCAAUAUAUUCUCACAUAUUACACUGAUAGAAAUUGUAGGAAGCUUAAAGGAGUCAUCAAUUUAGAUCAAUGUGAACAAGUUGACUUAGGGCUAAAAUUAGAUGAAAGAAAAUUAAAAUUUGAUCACGUUUUUGAUAUAAAAACACCAACUCGUACUUACUACUUAGCGGCCGAUACAGAUAAUGAAAUGAGGUCCUGGGUGACAUGUAUCUGUAAAGUAUGUGGCUUAAAAUCUACAAGUGAAGAAGAAGAGGGACAAACUACAGAUCCAUGUCCUUAUGUGGAAGUUACUGAAGAACCUAGUGAGAAGAGAAUUACGUUAUUGAAUAAUUUUAAUGAUACACCACCAGUAUCUCCUGUUAGUACUAGUCCAUACAUUCCUAUUUCGGAGUGUAUUACUGGAAAAUCGCCUAUAUUUGAUCCUAAGGAUUUUAAGACAUUACUACAGUAUAACAUGAAAAACACAAUAUUUAAAUCUGAUCCAAUAACGCACACCAACGAAAGCUAUGAACUUCCACAAAGAAACUAUUUAAAUUGCCUAAACGUUCAAGAGGAUCCUAGAUUUUAUGACUGUCCAAGGAAGCUGGGACCUCCAGUGCCAAUCCAAAAAGUUGAAAUAGAGAAUGAAAAAAAUCAUUCGCCCCUACAAAGUCCUACAGAUUCUGAUAGUGUAUUUAAUGAUGAAGACUGGCCACACAACUCGUCUUCUGAUUUAAAUACAUCUAAAAAUACAAGAAAGUCAGAAAGUUCCGAUGAUGGAGAGAAUCUCGUAGCAACUAAAAAAUUUACUAAAUCAAAUACUAAUAAUGGAAUUACUACUGCAGCUGCGCCUCCACCUAGGCCACCAAAACCAGCACAUAUCGCACCACUUCCAUGUUACCUUAAUCUAACGCCUACUAAAACAAUCAAGGACGCAGAAAGUGAGAAUGUAAAAAGCGAAACUCAACAGCCCAAGUUGACAGACGAUAUGUACGACUUUCCUAGAUCGCAUCACAUAGAAACGGAUGCUACCUUAAAACGAAGACACUGUUAUAAUAAUGCUGCGCCCGUGCCUUGCCCUGAGGGUACUAUUUUUAGAUACGAUAUUUCUCCAAAACCUACUACAAGCACAACGGUCUUUCGAUACGAUCUGGAAGAAGGUCAAGAUGAACCUCCCUCUCCAGCCCAUUCUCAUUCUUCGUCCGCGCCUGCCUACUCUAAUUUACCUAGUCCUUCUUUAAGUGUAACACAACUAAUGCCUCCGCCGAUGGUUAAUAGGGAGCUGAAACCAAAAAGAAAAUUAUCCGACUCACAUUCGAUUUGUUCUAAUCCCGAACCACCUUCACCGAGAAGCGCACCUUCUGUCGAUCGAAAAUUAAAACCGCCAACACCUUUGCAGGAGGCUCACAUGAGAAAACAUUUCAACACAGAAGAAGACCAGCGUAAAAUUCGAGCAGCACCAAGUCCAACACCACCAAAUCUAGGUCGUUCUCAUGACAGUCUACUUUCCCAAACAGAGGGUGAACAAGUCUAUCAUUACCUUUCGGGCAAAAUGCAGUACCUGGACCUAGAUCUUGAGGGAACCAGUAGUUCGAGUUUUACCGGCAAUAGUACAAAAACGACUCCUGCUAAACAACAGGAAGAUACCGUAUAUAAAAAAGUCGAUUUUAUGAAAACACAAGCAUUUAAUAUCACCAGAAAUAUUUUAGAAAAGGAACGACAAGAACCUGUAACGUUCGUGAAAAAAUGA